AUUCCAAUGCCAAUGUCACGUUUUUUAUUUCAAGCGAGAAGAAUAGCUGGUACUGCUCAGGGUUCGAAAUGUGGGAAAGAGGCAGAAGGCGUUCAGCUUUGUUGGGUUGUCAUCCAAGGGUGAAGGACCUGCAUUUUAGCAGACGAAAAGCAGACGAAAAACAACAAGAGUGGUGUAGUAGCGAAAAUUUCUGCUUGUUUAUCUGUACUUGACGUCCUUCGGAAGAAAAGGGGCAUGUCUGAGAAUCUCUCUGAACAAAGCACGUUAUCUUUGAGAAACAAAGCUCUUCUGAAACGAAGCAUGAACCGCAACCACAGUAAUAACAUGAGGGCAGGAUAUGUGGCAGUGAAUGAGCAGUACCUACACAAGACAGGUCUUCGUGGAAGAAAGACAUAUGCCUUUUGGACUCUUAUUAUGUUGCUUUUCUUCAUGGCAGUUGGAAACCUUAUGUUGACUUUCAUUAUCCUUGGUGUUCUCCGUCUGGGUCAAGGCAUGGAGAGCCUGGAACUAGUUCCCGAGGCUUCCCUUAUUAAGUUUUUUGGAAACACUGACUUAGAUCGAAUUUUCAAACGAGAUGGCAAAUUAGAAAGUUUUAAUGAUGCACCACUAAAGCUUACUGGAAACAAUGGCUCCGUCGUAGUCAAACUGGUGAACACUGGGGAUGCCAACCAACCCAGAAUAGUUAGUAAUCAGGACGAGACAUCUGUCAUAGGAGUAAAAUCUUUUGAUAUUCAAGACCCUAGUACAGGUCAAACUGUUUUUUCCACUGACUUUCCCAAUUUUGGGCUACCUCAAGGAGUGGAGAAAUUGGACAUAAAACUAGCCCGCACCCAUCGUAUUGCAAGUCCAAUUGAUAAAGGUUUGAUAUUGAGUGCUGAUUCUUAUGUGCGAAUGAAAGGAACUGAAGGCACUCACAUGGAUGGACAAGAAAUCUUGUGGAAAGCAGAUCAGGAUAUAUUCUUGAAAAGUGUGAAUGGUUCUGUGAUUUUAGAUGCACCAAAAGGAAUAUUUUUAGAUGUUAAGAAUAUGCCAAUAGCAACUUCAGAAAGUAACAAGCCAGGGAAACCCAUCACACUUCAAUACAAGAUUUGUGUUUGCAUUCCCACUGGAAAAGUAUUUCGGGUACCUGUUGUGCAAGGACUUUCACAUAAAAAUAGUGGGUGCAAUUAUUAUUCAGCAGCAAUUGAUCCAUGCAUAUGAAGAAUUUUUGAAAGCCGGCAGCAAGAUGAUAAACCCCAACAAUAAAACCAAUGAUUAACGAAUGUCAUACAAUGUAUCAUAAAUUUAGAUUGACUGUGUAGCCCUUUAGAAAGUUAAAAGCUUUACUAUGAUUUUCCCAGGUCCUGUGCAAAGCUCACGAGAAUGCCCAGGCAUUAACGGUGUUAGCAAAGCAAGACAUAAUUCUUAGCCAAAAUGUCCAAAAUCUUGAUAUUUGUAGGUGAGAUUCAUUGCUACUUGUGAGAGCUAUGCUACUGCUAUGCAGACUACUAUCAAUUACCUUAAUAUUUAUAUU